GCUUCCGCCAGUCGGCGAAGCGGCGAGAGCUGCCCCACUUGCUGCGCACUCGGACUAAGAUGGCAGCGGCGGCCCGGCUGGGUUGGGGAGCUGCGGCUGCAGCCGCAAGGCUGUGUAGGCGAUUCUGUCCUAUGAUGAAUCUGUAUACCAUGACAAAACAGCCUCUGCAUCAGUUUGUACAAAGACCACUUUUCCCACUGCCUGCAACCUUAUGUAACACAGUGAGAUACAUGUUUAUUCAAACACAAGAUACCCCAAAUCCCAACAGUUUAAAAUUUAUUCCAGGAAAACCAGUUCUUGAGACAAGGACCAUGGAUUUUCCCACACCAGCUGCAGCAUUUCGCUCCCCUCUGGCUAGGCAGUUAUUUAGGAUUGAAGGAGUAAAAAGUGUCUUUUUUGGACCAGAUUUCAUCACUGUUACAAAGGAAAGUGAAGAGUUAGACUGGAAUUUACUGAAACCAGAUAUUUAUGCAACAAUCAUGGAUUUCUUUGCUUCUGGCUUACCCUUAGUUACUGAGGAAACAUCUUCAGGAGAAGCAGGAUCUGAAGAAGAUGAUGAAGUUGUGGCAAUGAUUAAGGAACUGUUAGAUACCAGAAUAAGGCCAACUGUGCAGGAAGAUGGAGGAGAUGUUAUCUAUAAAGGCUUUGAAGAUGGCAUUGUACAGCUCAAACUCCAAGGUUCUUGUACCAGCUGCCCCAGUUCAAUGAUUACUCUGAAAAAUGGAAUUCAGAACAUGCUGCAGUUUUAUAUUCCAGAAGUAGAGGGUGUAGAACAGGUUAUGGAUGAUGAAUCUGAUGAAAAAGAAGCAAACUCACCUUGAAAUAAUUAGAGUUUUCUUUGGGCCCAGCAGUUGGACUUCUUGAUAAUAUAUACCAAGCUUUUAUUAUUAAUCUGCUAAGGAACUUGAGGAUUAAUAAAAUAUGCCCUUUUUUCAGAGA